AAGAGAGUUGCUCAUUGGAGUUGACUUUUAUGAAAGAACAAACAAGCUUUUAGCUGUUUGAAGUCGUUUUUCUGAAGAUGACUUCGAGUCAACUGGUACCUCCCAUUCAUUUGCUGUAUCUGUUCUUUCCCAUCUCAAGUUGCAGUAGCUCUUUGUCAAUAACGACGGAACUGCUCUGUUAAAAGAUCAGUUCUUCUCUCUCACAAUCUUCCGCAGAUGGGCCGGCUUGAUUUGAUGAUUGAGUUGGAGCACGGGCCGCAAUGUCAGGACGACAGACCGAAGAAGGAAGAAAGAAAGAGACCAACAAGAGGAUCCCCGAGCAGAAUCCACGAUGAUCACAACGAAAGCCAAUCAAGCGAUGAAGAUGUAACAAAUAUCCAAAAGGACUAUAACUUGUAUCUGGCAGCCAAAUAUGACAACCUGGAUGGCUUCUUGACCGUCCUCGAUCGAGUUUCAGCAGCUGAGCACGCAUCGUAUGCUGACAUUUUGAUUCGACUGAGUCCUGCUGGAAAUACAUAUAUUCAUGUAGCAGCUACACAUGGAAACGAAGACAUAGUAACUCACAUAGCUGCAAUGGUACCAUCUCUUGUAUUACGCAAGAAUUCUGAUGGAGACACUCCAUUGCAUCUUGCUGCCAAAGCUGGAUAGGAAUCAGUGGUAAGAUCCCUGCUGCUAAUCCGUAGGCAGGCUGAGAAUCUGUUAACAGCAAAGAAUGAGAGAGGAAACACAGCUUUGCAUGAAGCAUUAAUCAAUGGUCAUGAAUCAAUUGCUCAAUAUUUGGUCAGAGAAGAUCCUGUAGUGUCUUGUUAUGAAAACAACGAACGCGAAUCCGUAUUAUACUUGGCAGCCAAAUAUGGUUAUACAGAUUGCGUGCUUUUGAUUCUUCAGCUCUCACCAGAAAGCAUAGUUGAGCAGUUGAAGGAAAAAUCUCCCAUUCAUGCAGCAAUCAAGGGGAAGAAUAGAGAUGUUUUAGAAGCCAUGUUGAACAUGAACACAAAUUUGGUUCAAUUAAGAGAUGCCAAAGGGAGAAAUCCACUUCACUAUGCAGCAUCGUUAGGCUACCUUGAAGAGGUUCGUUACUUGCUAGACAAAUGUGCUCCUAGUGCCACACAAAGAGACAAUAGUGGUUCAUUUCCCAUUCAUCUGGCAUCCAUCAACGGCAGUGUUGAGAUCAUCAGCCUUUUGCUUCAAGACUGCCCUUGUCCAGAGGAGCUUCUCGACAGGAACGAUCUCAAUAUUUUACACCUAGCUGCCAAGAAUGGAAGAUACAACAUAGUCAGAUACAUUCUCAGCACUCCUGCUCUCAGGAAACUCAUAAAUAUGAAAGAUAAAAAUGGAAAUGUGCCCCUGCAUUUGGCCAGCAGGGAGGGGCACCCUAGAAUUGUGAGUGCUUUGACAUGGGACAAGAGGGUGGACGUUAAGAUAGUCAAUAACGAGGGGAUGACAGCUCUAGAUGUUGCUGAGUAUUACAUGAAGUACAAUUCCCAAUUUCGCCAGCGUUUGACCUGGGCUGCUCUGAAAGCUGCUGGCACUCCUCGCUCUCUGUAUCGAACAACUACAGGAGGACAGAACUCAAAGAAGAGUUCCAACAUGGAAAAUUACAAGGAAAGAGUCAACACUCUUUUGCUUGUAUCAACUCUGGUUGCCACAGUAACUUUUGCAGCUGGUUUCACUGUGCCUGGUGGAUAUAAUACCUCCGAUGGAGAUUUGGGAAUUGCAGCCAUGUUGAGAGAAAAGGGAUUCCAUAUAUUUGUUUUCUGUGACACUAUAGCCAUGUUUAGCUCCAUUCUUGUUGCUGUCACUCUCAUCUGGGCUCAAUUAGGUGAUCUCACCUUGGCGCUUAAUGCUCUCACUUUGGCCGUGCCUGUCCUUGGCAUUGCUCUUACUAUGAUGGCCAUGGCUUUCACAGCUGGAGUAUUCCUAGCAGUCAGCAAACUUAGGUGGCUUAGUACUGCUGUCUUGGUCAUGGGCAUCACCUUCUUCACGAUUUUGUUUGUCCUCCUCCUUCCGUUAUGCACUCCACUUACUUCAACUAAUCGGAUAUUGCGCCACCUGUCCUACUAUUCCUUCUACUUGCUCAUACUAGCCACCAGAAAAUUGGCAAGCCAGUUACCUAUGCCCGUGCUCAAGAAUCCAGGUUUGCUGGAGGAAGAGGAGGAGGAAAGUUACGGUACUUCAGAAAAUAUGGAUCCUGAGCUAUACAGAGCAACAACUGAAGGUGACAUUCUUCAUUUUGUAAGAGCAAUGGAAAAGGGACAACCUGACCGAUAUCACAGCCCACCAGCUUCUUGUGUGCAAUUAGGCCCUCAAAAGAACACAGUUCUGCACAUAGCAACAAGCUUUGCUCAUUAUGAAAUUGUCAAACUUAUCUGCAAGGACUUACCAUUCUUUGUUGCUGAAAAGAAUGCAAAAGGUGACACCGCACUGCAUAUUGCAGCAAGAGCUGGUGACUCGCUGUUGGUGAUGCUGUUAGUUAAUUCAGAUUUCAAAGAGGGUGGCUUAGCUGAAAAAAAUGACGAAGGAAACACUGCCCUGCAUGAAGCUCUCAAAUAUGGGCACGAAGAAGUGGCUCGAAUAUUGAUCAAUAAAAAUCUGGAGAUGCCUUAUUCACUUAACAAGGAAGGUAAGUCUUUGCUUUAUCUGGCUGCAGAAGCAGGGUUUGUCACCAUUGUGAGACUCCUCAUGGACAAUCCUGUCGGGAAUAACAGUAUGGGUGGAAAACAUAAAAAUAAGUCACCUGUUUAUGCUGCGAUUCGUGGACGCAACAUUGAUGUCUUAAAGUUAUUGUGGGAAAGGGAUCCAUCAUCAUUUGAGCUAAGAAAUGGCAAAGGAAAGAAUCCUCUACAUGCUGCUGUAUGCAUGGGAUAUACUGAAGCAGUCAAAUUCUUACUGGAUAAAGAUUAUGAAUUUGCUUACCAAAAUGAUAAGUGGGGCAACUACCCAAUCCAUUCAGCAUCCAACAAAGGCCUUCUUGAUAUAAUCAAGUUUAUGCUUCAGCAGCGUCCAGAUACAAGGGAUCUGCUAACUGCACACGGUCAAAAUAUGCUACACGUUGCAGCUAGAAGUGGAAAGUACGAAGCAGUGAAGUAUAUGCUUAAAAUGCCAGGACUGGAGAAGCUUAUUAGUGAAAGAGAUGAAGACGGAAACACACCUUUACACCUGGCAACAAUGUACGGGCACCUAAAGAUAGUUGCCAUGCUCGUAAGGGAUGAAAGAGUUAAUCUUAAGUUGCUAAACAACAAUCGUCAAACAGCACUUGACAUUGCUGAAGAACAAAUGGAAAUGGGAUUGGCAUCAUUUCAGAAGAGGCUUACCUGCAUGGUCCUGAGAGUUUUUGGUGCCCCACAAGCAUGUCAACCUAAGACUUCCAGAAGUGCAUGUGUCAGGCUUGGAGACCAACCAGAGACAGAAAGUUGGAGAGAUAAGGUAAACGUAAUUCUGCUGGUGGCAACAGUAAUUGCAACUGUUACAUUUCAAGCAGGUUUCACCAUACCUGGUGGUUAUAACAACAGUAAUCCUGACCAAGGUCUUGCAACCAUGAUAGAGAAGGUGAAAUUUCAGGAGUUUGUAAUUUGCGACACUAUAGCAUUGUAUAGCUCUAUUAUCGUUGCUGUCACACUCAUAUGGGCACAAUUGGGAGAUCCUAGUUCCAUGCAAGUUGCUUUAAAAUUGGCUUUACCUCUGCUGGGAAUAGCUCUUGCCAUGAUGUCUAUAGCAUUCUUGGCGGGUGUCUACCUCAUAGUAAGCAAACUCUGUUGGCUUGCAAAUGUCGUCAUGAUCAUCGGCUCAUUCUUUCUCGCUGUGCUCGUAGUGAUAUUUAUUCCUCUGUGUUUCUUAGGCUCAUCAAACUACCAUAGAUUCCGCCGCUUCUCAUACCAUCCAUUCCGUCUGGUGUUAUAUACACUGGGAGCCUGAGAAUUCUAAAUAGCAUACCAGGUUAUCAGAAGAUAUCCUCAGUUGCAAGUAUUCUGUAAUAAGUCUGCGCUCUGUUGGGUUGUGGAUCAAUGAUAAUAAGUUGGUCAAUAUGUUGUGUGAUUGAAACUGAAGAAUUUCCGAAAAAUUCUUCAUACUAGAUGGGCUUGACAUGCCCAGAAUUCUACUCUUCAAUGUAUGUGGGAAGAAAUAAUAGUCUGGACAGAAGUCUGCAGUUUAUGAUGUCCGUAAAUCUGCUUAUUCCUCAGAAUAGUUUGCCUAAAGUGAAAUGUGCGAUAUAUAUGGCAUGUAAACUAUAUGGCCUAUGAGCUCUACUCCAUAUCUGGCUGCAGUUUAAUUAGCAUAAUACUCACUCCUUGAAUUUGAUGUUUAAAAUUCUCUACUCCGAUUAUUCGUAUUGACUUCA